AUGGCAGCGCAAGAUGUCUUCCGGAAAGGGGACCUCGUGGAGGCCUUUUACCAGAUGCCAGCUCCUGAAGACCUCGGGCGUGAGCGGGUGGACAUGAUCGGAGAUCGCUGGAUCCUCUGUUCCGCUCCGAUUUUGGGCAAUAACAGGCCCCGCAUUGGCUGGACCCAGCGCUGGCUGCCCGCCGUCGUGGUGGAGGCCACGGAGGCAUCAGAGGCUGAUGAGCAGGAGGUCCGCUGCCGCUGGGAGCUACGCCAGUGGUAUGACUGGGCCACCGGCGACCACAUCGAGGUCACAACGGACCCUCAUGCGCUGGUUCACGAAGUCGGAGCGCACAUGGUGCGGAGGCGCUCGGCAGAUGCAUGGAAGAUUCCGAAGACGUGCAACUGGAAUUCCAACGUGCUGUACCCACGCUGCGGAACUGAAAUGGCAGUCGGUGGGUGCGAAGUUGCCGUGUCCUUUAUCGUGUUCCAGUGGGGUGCUGCAAAGAUCGGGGUGCAGUAUGACUCCCACUCUUGGGGCGCAUCGGAAGGUUCCACCGUGUCGAACCGCUUCAUUCAGAAAUUUUUUCAAGACGCCGUGAUUCCCAAAUAUCAGUGUGACUACGAAGUCUUGACGGUCUUCAUUCAGCAUAGUGAUGAGUUUGCAGGAAUCUCACCUGAAUUCCUCGCGUCGCUCUGCCGGGGUCGUUCGGUGUGUGCCCUUUACUUCCUAUGGCCCAUUCAGGGAUACCAAAGCUAUGGUGAGAAGUUGCCCACAGCAGCGGCUUACGUCACUGCAGAGCCCUUCUACGCCUUGGUAAGUCGCAUGGAGGCCUCGGGCAUUCCGACGAGGUGGCCGCAUCCCGUGCAGCUUUGGAAGCUCUUGACUUCGAAGGACUGGAUCUCACAACUUUGCAGCUCUUGGCAGUUCCAAAUUCCGGUGACUACCCGGGUCUCCAAAGCUUUGGUGCUCGUGGACCCUCCGAAGGCCGCCUUGAUGGCCUUGAGUGCCCUCCGGGUGCUGCAGCGAGCCCGGCGGGAGGCCUGGAAGGCCACGCAUUCGGAUUGGAGCGAAGGGGAGUCCGAGCUGGUGGUGAAGCUGGGCUACAGCUACGAGGCUGCAGAUGUGAGGAUGGUGAAGCCAGAAACCCUGGCCGAGGCCAUGUAUUGCUUGGUGACCCAGCCGAACUACACAAACGACUGCGUCUACGUCCAGGAGCGCGUGCGGACGGUGCACCUGGAGGCGCGGUGCUUCGUUCUCAACGGCGAGGUCGUGGAAGCCUUGUUCACGAGGUUUGCGAGGAUUGACUGCAAUGGGUAUGUCCGAGACUACGAAAAGAGCGCCAAAAACGAGGCUAGCCAGGGCCAAGGCCAGGUGGAGGAGGAGCCCCUGAAGUGGCUCUUAAAUGACAAGGCGGCCUUCGAGGAUGCCAUGUUGCAGAUGAGGCGUCUGUCCCGUUUGUGGCAUCUUUGGCUUCUGGCUCAGUCGGCCGAGCCGACGGUUUCGGUUCGGAUCGACUACCUGGUGGAGCGCGUGGGUUUGGGCAGGGCCGAGGUGUGGACCUGCGAGGUCGGGGAGCAGGGGUACAGCAUGGAGGGCAUCGAUCCUGCUCUUGUGUUCAAGGCCGUCGUUGACACUGUGUGA